GCUUCCUUCAAGGAGCACUUCAGGCUCCGCCGAGCCAGGCAGCGUUGGGCACACUGACAGUCAGCCAGGGCUGGAAGAAGGCCCCGAUGCCUGGGCAGAUGCAGCAGCAGCUGCAAGUGAGACCAUCCCUGGCGACCAUACAGACUCCUGCUCAUCCUCCGCCUCCCUACCCCUUUGGGAGCCAGCAAGCUUCUCAGGCUCACUCAAACUUCCCCCAGAUGAGCAAUCCUGGCCAGUUUACUGCUCCUCAAAUGAAAAGCCUUCAGGUAGGGCCCUCCCGGGUUCCUACACCGCUCCAGCAGCCCCACCUGACCAACAAGUCUCCUGCUUCCUCUCCCUCCUCCUUCCAGCAGGGCUCUCCUGCAUCGUCUCCAACAGUGAACCAGCCACAGCAGCAGAUGGGACCAAGGCCUGCCCAGAACAGCAACCUCCCGCAGGGAUUCCAGCAGCCUGUCAGCUCUCCCAGCCGUAAUCCUAUGGUGCAGCAGGGGAAUGUGCCCCCCAGCUUCAUGGUGAUGCAGCAGCAGAGCCAAGGGCCGCAAGGUUUACACCCUGGCUUAGGAGGACUGCCCAAGCGCCUGCCGCCAGGCUUCCCUGCGGGCCAGCCCAGCCAGAGCUUCCUGCAGGGGCAGGGCCCCGCCGCAGCGCCCGGGACAGCGGUGAACAGCGGAGGCCAGCAGCUGCCGAGCAGCCAGAGCGUGCAGCACACAGGUGGCCAAGGAUCUGGACCUCCUCAAAAUCAGAUGCAAGCAGCCCAUGGCCCAGCAAAUAUGCUGCAGACCAAUCUCAUGGGACUCCAUGGAAGCAUGAACAACCAGCAGGCUGGUGCCAGCGGGGUGCCACAGGUGAACAUGGGCAGCAUCCAGGGACAGCCUCAGCAAGGACCACCCUCUCAGCUGAUGGGCAUGCACCAGCAGAUUGUAUCCUCUCAAGGACAGAUGGUAAACAUCCAGGCUCAGGGGUCGCUCAACCCUCAGAACCAGAUGAUCCUGUCGCGGUCUCAGCUGAUGCCGCAGGGGCAGAUGAUGGUGACUCCGCAGAACCAGAACCUGGGCCCUUCUCCCCAGAGGAUGACCCCACCCAAGCAGAUGAUUCCCCAGCAGGGACAACAGAUGCUGUCCACACACAACCAGAUGAUGGGACCUCAGGGCCAGGUCUUGCUGCAGCAGAACUCCAUGAUGGAGCAGAUGCUGCCCACUCCGCUGCAGGGCGGCAAGCAGCCCUUCAGCACGCAGAACCAGGCCAGCGUCAUGCCGGGGCCAGCGCAGCUGAUGAGAGGACCAACCCCCAACAUGCAAGGAAACAUGGUGCAGUUUGCUGGGCAGAUGAUGGCACAGCAAGGCCCCGUGAAUGGAAAUCCUUCUCAGGUGAUGGGAAUUCAAGGGCAAGUUUUAAGACCCCCUGGACCCAGCCCCCACCUGCCUCAGCAGCUCGGGGAUGCGCCGAGCGCGAGCGGCACCGACGUGAGCCUGCCUCAGAUGCUGCCUGAGGUUCCCGUGCAGCAGCCCAGCAUGGUGCCCUCUCACAUGCAAGCAAUGCAGGGCAGCAGCAACUCCUCGGGGAGCCAUUUCUCUGGCCACGGGCUGCCUUUCAAUGCAGGCUUUGGUGGCACAGCAAACGGGAACCAGCUGUCCUGCGGGCAGACUCCUGUCUUUCCUGUCAAUAAAGACGUGACGCUCACCAGCCCUCUCCUGGUCAACCUGCUGCAGAGCGACAUCUCAGCAGGGCACUUCGGGGUGAACAACAAACCCAACAGCCAGAACAGCAACAAGCCCAAGAAGAAGAAGCCUCCGAGGAAGAAGAAAAAUAGCCAACAGUUAGAGCCAACAACUUCCGCAGAGGCACACCCAGCUGGCCUGGAGGAGAGUGAUCAACCGUCCCUGGCUGGAGAGCAAGCAAUGAGCUUGGACAGUGCAGGCCCCAAGCUUGCUGAUUUCGCCAGCAGGCCACCAGGUUACCCAACUCAGCCAGUGGAGCAGAGACCACUUCAGCAGAUGGCACCUCAGCUUAUGCCACACGCGCAGCAGCCGCAGCCGCCAGCACAGCAAGCCCAGGCACCACCACAAACACCGCAGCAGCAGCAGCAGAUGAUGAUGAUGCUGAUGAUGCAGCAGGACCCCAAGUCAGUCAGGCUGCCUGUACCACAAGGAGUUCACUCACCUAGAGUGCCCCUGAGCGCAGAUGCUCAGCGGAUGCCGAUGCAGCAGAGCGGUAACAUGCCAGUGAUGGUUAACCUCCAAGGUCCUGGCUCCGUGCCUCCAUCUCCUGACAAACAAAGACUUCCCUUGCCAGGCAGUGCUCCUCUGGGAAACAGUGCAAGAAAAAUGGUUUAUCAAGAUGGUGUUCAGAAUCCCUCCAGCUCACCCCAUGGAGAGGUUUCAUCAGUACCCUCCCUCCCAGAAGGAGGUGGAGCCGAAGGGCCCCCAGCCUCGGGAGCUCAGAAUCCUUUGCCAUCUCAUUUAGUAGUCUCCCAGAACCAGUUAAUGAUGACGGGACCCAAAGCUGGACCAUCCCCACUUUCGGCUGCCCAAGGGGCCAGCCCCCAGCAGCAGUCUAACCCUCUGCCCGGUGCUCUCACACACCAUUUUCCAAAUGUUGCCACCCCCUCACAGACUUCGAGGCCUAAAACCCCAAACAGGGCAAGCCCCAGGCCAUACUACCCUCAGACUCCUAACAACCGUCCCCCUAGCACGGAGCCGUCGGAGAUCAGCCUGUCCCCGGAGCGGCUGAAUGCUUCCAUAGCUGGGCUCUUCCCUCCCCAGAUCAAUAUUCCUUUGCCUCCCAGGCCCAGUCUCAACAGAGGCUUUGACCAGCAGGGUCUCAACCCCACCACUCUGAAGGCCAUUGGCCAAGCCCCAUCGAACCUCACCAUGGGCAGUCAGUCCAGCUUCGCCACCCCGCAGCCGCACAAAGCAGAGGGCAUGGCCAUGAGCGUGGGCAAGCAGCCCGGCGCUGGGGCAACCAAGAGGGCAAGCCCAAGCAAUAGUCGGAGGUCGAGUCCUGGAUCCAGCAGGAAAACUACACCAAGCCCUGGCAGACAGAAUUCCAAAGCAGCUAAGCUCUCCUUGCCAGCACAGCAGAAUCCCUCUCUGCUGCAGAACAUGGAAUUACAGAGGACUAUGAUGGCUGGGCCCUCUCUGCCAGUGCCUGCCACCACCACUUUCCAGAGCAGCAGCAUGCUGAGCAGUCAGAACCCUGCAGUUCCCGUGCCUGCCGUGGCUGGCAUUGCUGAAGACAGUAAAGAGAGCCUCAGUGUGCCCCAAGACAAUGAGUGUCAGAGCACACAAGGUGCCCAAGGUACCAGAGACCUGGUCAGUGUUGAGCUGAAAGGCAUCCCUGCUCCUGAAGUGAAAAUGUUGGUUCCAGAAGAACAGGCAAAGAAAGAUGGGCAAGCUGUGGACACCAGCAAGCUUCCCGGCGUGGAGGAAAGUAAACCUCUGGUGUCUGCAGCUCUGAGGGAGGCACCAACGUCUUUAAGUCAGCUUCUUGAUAACUCUGGAGCUCCUAACGUAACCAUAAAGCCACCUGGGCUGGCUGGCCUUGAAAUGGCCCCCAUGGCCCCCACGAGCGAGGAGCUAAAGAAGGUAGCAGUCAUUCCUCCACUGCAGGAUCCCUCCUCGGGCAAGGAGUCCUCUGCUUCGCUCAGCCUGCCCCAGGGCACCGAGCCCUGCCCGACCGCAGCGCAGCAGGAGCCGGGCGAGGGGAGCUCGAGCGCCGCACAGAGGCCUGUCAGCUCUUCUGCUAUCUCAGGGCCUCUUCCCCCCAACCAGAUCACAGUCUUUGUCACCUCAAACCCCAUCACAUCUUCUGCUAAUACAUCAGCACCGCUGGCUUCUCACCUGCAGCCCGCACUAGUGUCAACCGUGGUCACCAUGCCCAACGUAGGGAGCAAGGUGAUGGUCUCCGAGGGGCAGUCGGCAGCAGCCCAGGCCGGUGCCCGGCCGCAGUUCAUUACCCCUGUCUUCAUCAACUCCUCCUCUAUAAUCCAGGUGAUGAAGGGCUCGCAGUCAAGCACUAUGCCGGCAGCCCCCAUGACCUCCAGCUCCAGCCUGAUGCCUCAGUCGGUGGCUGUCGUUGGCCCUUUGCACCUGCCGCAGAGCAUCAAGUUCUCCUCGGGGCCGGCUCCCCCCAGCACAUCGUCCAGCAGCCCAGGCUCCAGCAUGCCUGCCAGCAGGCCUCUGGUUCUGAGCCCCCUGGCACCUCCCGUCCAGCUGCCUUCUCCCGCCGCUUCUUCCAGCGUUCCUUCGCACCUCCCCGCCCAGCAAGGCAAAGACUGCGGCCCGGAGGAGAGCUCUCCGGCCGGCGGCUCGGGCGAGCAGGGCUGCGCCGCGGCCGCGCAGUCAGGGCCGGUGCUGUCUCCUCUCCUCGCCAGCAGCCCGGGCCCUGGCAACAGGCGCAGCCCCGUUUCGUCCAGCAAAGGCAAGGGCAAAGUGGACAAGAUCGGGCAGCUGCUGCUGACCAAGGCGUGCAAGAAGGUGACAGGCUCCCUGGAGAAGGGCGAGGAGCAGUGCGCCGCCGAGGCCGACGCCGAGGGGCCGGGGACAGAAGCGUCGCUGCCAAACCCUUCGGGCAUGGAGCAGGCGCCGGCAGAACUCGAUAGCAAACCUGCGCCCCCGCCAGCACCCAGCCUGACCAAACACAGCACUUCUGGGCCCGGCGGCUCGGGUGCCGCUGCCCCGUCCCCGGGCACGGCGGCCAGCAGCAGCCCUGCGCCCGAGCCCGCGGCCCCCGGCGGCAGCGGCGGCAGCCAGGGCAGUGCGCAGCCCGAGCCGCCCGCGGGCGCCGAGCAGCGAGCGGCGGCGCCGCAGGAGCCUGCGCAAAGCACAGCAUCCUCUCAACAUUUAACACAGAAAAAAAGUUCAGUUGCACCAUCAGAAAGUACUGUUCAAAGAACAGAACUUGAAACAAAUGCUGCAGUAGUUGCUGGUCAAAGUAAUGAGACAAAAGAGAAUUGUGAAAAGUCUAAAACUCCAAAUAGAAGAAAUUCAAGAACAGAGGAUUCUGCCACUUCACAGGAAUCUCUAGAGAACGGACAGCGCAAGAGGUCCUCCAGGCCAGCCUCUGCCUCCGGCACUGCAAAAGAGCCGAGUGCCAGUGCAAUGCAGUCAAAACGAAGAAAGUCCAAGUAAAUGACUGCAUGGAAACAUGAGACUUGUAGAUGAGUGUGAGCUGCCCCCUGGCCAGCUGAGUGUCAGCUGCCCACUAGCCACUGCAGCUGGGAUGCAGGCUUUGCUUGUCCUUUCCUAAACAAUUCUGUGCAGAGGCAUUGGAAUAUUGUACUGUUCCCAGGAAAGGGCCUGGGGGGGGGUGCUGAGUUUGGUUUGGUUUUCCUUAGAAAAGCAAACGGAUCAACAGCUCAAAAGCCAAGCCCAAAACCCCAAACAAAACCCACCCCAGGUUCUUCUUAAACCCCCCCUCCCGCCCCGGGGUUUCCAGAGGGAAGCCCGGGGCUAGCACAUGGGGUUAAGUAUCUUUGUAUGAAGCGGCAGGGGAGGGGGAAGGCGAUUUGUACAUUUCUUUUGUUCCCACUUUUUCCUACAGGAGUUAGCAGACACAGGGCCGCAGGCAGUGAAGAAACCUGAUGUAUUGUGCUGUCCCAGUACUGUAUGUGAAUAGCAGCCGGAGGGUUUCCAAGCAAGCCCCCAGCCCCUCCGGGAGUGUAAAUAGUUUUAUUAUACACUAGAGCCUGAGGAUGUUCUGUGUUGUAGAAAUGGACCAGGGAAACAAAUAAUAAUAAUAUUAAUAAUAAUAAUAAAUCUAAAGGUUUGUACAAUGUGGAACCCUUCCUGCUCUGAAUAAAUGUUCUUGUCCUAGG